CUCGACAUCUCUAUCAUCUACGCUGACAUAAAUAGUAACGCGCUACUCCAUAAAACUACCGCUAGCGAUGCUAUCGCUCGCGUGCGCGCUUAGACCGAUGCUCGGUGCAUGAGGUUGUAGAACUAGUGGUUAGUGCGGCUUCUCCUGUUGGGCUAGACGGACAUAGCCAAGAUUCCUGACCUUCCUCUGCGCGCAACACCUAGGGACCUAUCACAAAUCAAAACUGAUUGUAAUUUAAGUCGUCGAGUAAGUUUAUCCAAUUGGUUAGCACUACGGUAUAAUACCCCUGGCCCGGUCGCAUUUCAACGCAGACGGGGUCAGUGCUGCUAUCUUGAGCGCGUCAAAGUUCUGGCAAAAACAUUGUUGCGCAUUUCCAUUGAAUUGUGCUUGACACGGUGCCAGCAAAGCUUAGGAUAUCCUGCACUUCCGGCGAGCCGACACGAGUAACACUCAAAAGAACCAGCCGGCCAAGCUAGCGGGACAGAACGCUGCUAACGCACUACUAACGAGAAAUCUAGCUCCAUGAUGAGGCAUAGUUGUACAGUAGUUUUGCUGAUAGUCGCGGUAUGCUUAGCUACCGUCGCGGCUCAGUGCGACCAGAGAGACCGUGGAGGUCCUCUGACGUGCUGCAAAGGCAGGAAUAGCACAUGUGCUGUCGAGAGGUUCGACGAAGAGGAAUCUCGGCCGAGCAACCGACCGAAAGUUUGUUUCUGCGAUGAAUUCUGUGAGCCUGCUGGCGAUUGCUGCCCUGAUUUCAAGGCCGUAAAGGAAGAAUGCAAAUUGCAAGGUGUACAAGACUGUGUUGUCUCUACCUGGUCAAGAUGGUCCCCCUGCUCUCACAGAUGCGGAGUUGGCAUGCGCAAAAGAUCUAGAAGAGUCAUUGUUCGGCCCUCUCAGCGAGGAGGCAAGGAAUGUCCGCCUCUGAGGCAGAAACGAGGCUGCUUCCUCGAGCACUGCGGCAAGGAGUCAGGUCUAGCAAAUAUACUGCCAAAGAUUUAUAAGCGUCUUCCAAAUCAAUAUGAAGAGAUUCUUCCAGCGAAAAAAUCGCUCACACUGAGGCAGGAAAAAGAAGAAAGGCCCAGCUAUUGCACUCUGUUCAAGAUUGAGUCCAAGCACCCAUACUGCCAAGGGACCUGGGCCAGUCAGCUUGACCCCAAGAAGCCUGUCUGUGUGGAAUGCCAGUCCUCUGCCAUGAACAAACAUGGAAACUGCAAGGGGCAUGGGGUAACUGGCGAACUGACAUCCUGGUUUGCCGUGGAUAUAUACAGUUGUCAUGGUGAAUGGAUUAGACUCGGGCCUAAGAUGUCUCCAUGUAAAUGCGACAGCAAGGAUUUUAAUAACUACAUCUUUGUUUAGGAGCCAAUCAAACAAUUUCCCAUUGUAGACAGCACAUUGUUGCCUGACUAGCGAGUAGUCUUCCAUGCCAAUUGCAGUUGAUUAGCUUAUCUAUGAGCAAGGCAUGCUGUACAAGUACCUACUGCUUUAGCUAAGGCACUGGACAUAGCCCAGGUUUGUUUUUUAACUCUGACUUUGAAAGAAAAAAAGGCUUUAAAUAUUCAUAUUCAGGCUUUUACAGAAAUCACAUUUUUCUAAUGACAGCGAAAUGAAUGUAGUACUCUUGAGAUUGACUUUUUUGUUCAUAGUUUCACAUCAAAUAGACCAUGUGACAGUAAAACCAAAUGUUCAGCUCCAUACUAGCUAACUUAUUGUGGAAGUGUUAAGUGAGAAAGAAGGGUUGGUUGGGAAGAUUUAUUAAUGUUUCUACAGUAUAUUGGAAGGAUUCAAAGAACAUAAUUAUUUACUAAUUUAAUGUAACAAGCAAAUCAGUUUAACAAUAAUGGUUUUAAAGUCACUUCAUAUUUACAUUAUUAUUGGAACCUCCUUGUAGUAUCUUAGAAUAAUAAUGCAAGACAUAGGUACUAAUAUUUAACUCCAAGCUUAUAGUAACUUGUUAAUUGACACAGCUUUAGGCAACACUAAUGCAACACAAGGCAACAUUGAUGCAACAUCAAGCAAUAUUGUGUGCAAGUAUCAUAAUAACAACACACAUUGCAUUUUUUAAACAAUGCUGGUUAAAUUUGUACAAAGCUAUAUGAUUUUAACUUAUUAUUACUUAGCAUUUGAUCAUUAAAUGUUUAAUCUACAAGGGUUUUGCUCAAGAUAGAGACACAAGGGUUUUGCUCGAGAUAGAGACAAUCUCAUUGUUGUCCAAGGGAAAAAAAAGUUUGCAAGUUAAAAAACUAAUUUAAGUUAUAGCCAAGCAGAAGACCUUUAACUGGUAGGAAGUAGAAGAACACCAUAUAUUAAAAACAAAUUCUGAAUAAUAUGUUUAUGCUGCAUGCUUAAAUUAAAUUCUUGUGCAGGUAAAUUAUAUUACUAAGAUUCUAAAAGGGACAUGACUUUUAUUAACUUGGUGUGGAAACUGGAAAAUUAUCCAACUUAUUCUGGUAGAUUUGGUCAUAGAACAGUUAUAUGACAAAUUUAUUUGCGAUUAUAAAGAUAACAAUUAGUAGGUGUAUUGUAUACACCUAUUCCAACUAAAGUUGCACUCGAUACUCCAUGUGAUUACUGAUUCCUGGUCGUCCACUACAACUUUUCAAACCUGGAUUUGAUUAUUCGCUUAUUCAUUUGAUAUUGAUAUAAAACAGUGGGUUACGACACAUGACUUAUCAGGGUGCACCUUAUUUGAAAUAGGUGUAAAGGCCAGAAUGUGCAGGUGUUUAAAAUAAGGUUUUGGGGGUGACAGUAUGUUAGUAACAAUGUGCAAAUGGCUAAAUAGAAGACUUAUCAAGCAUUUUAGUUGAAAAAUGCUUUGUGAAUAUUUUUUCUUGCUCUCUCUCUCUCUAUAUAUAUAUAUACACUUCACAGUUGUGGGAACUUAUUUGAAAUAAAUAAUGUGUUAGAUGUUAUUGCUAAAUAAAGCUAUGUUAUAUGAAAA